GGCGUAAUAAACCUUGUCCAUUUUAUCACUCACUCUCUUUCUUUUCUUCUUUAUUUUUACCUCAUGUCCUUUGCCUGCCCCAUUUGCUUGGACCAUAUAAAAGAAGCACCGUCUGCCAACAAUGUAGACAACCAUGUUAUGGCAACUCCAUGUGGUCAUGUGUUUCACCGUUCAUGUAUCUUUAAUUGUCUCGACCGUAACCAACGCUGUCCUUCUUGUACAAAGACAUGCUAUCAUCAAAGCAUCAUCCGUCUUUAUCCUACGGGAGAUGAAGAGAACGAACAAGCUAUUCGUAAACUUGAAAUACAACUUGAAAAUCGAAUAAUCGAAACCCAACAUAAGGAUGAUGAAAUACAUGAGAUGCUUGAGAGUAUACACGAACAAUAUCAAUUGAAUGCAAGUCUGAAGGAUAUGCUGGAUAAUAGGGAAAAGGAAUAUUUAAAGUUGCAUAAUGAUGUCAAGAUUAUGAAUAUUGAUGCCAGAGCCAAAGAAGCCACCGUCAUCUCGCUUCGGCAGGGUCAUGAAAAACUGACGGCUGAACGCGAUGAAAAGAUAAAGAGUCUGGCAAAGUUACAGACUGAAUUGGAAACGCUAAAAAGGACAUGCUGCACUUCUGAACAGUUUAAGCAAUCCAAGGAGAAAUACAGAUCAUUGGUAACACGGUUUGAAACACUGAUGGAUGAAAAGUUGGAAGUAGUGGAUAAAUUAGAACAAAUUAAGAAAGAUCAUGAUACAUUGAUCAUUGCUAACACAAACCUAAAAUCACAAUAUGAAACACUUUCUUCGGAAAAUCAGCCUGAAGCAUCCAAAGGAGAGAAAGAGAAAUACAAUAAAUUAUUGGACAGAUUUGAAAAGGUUGCAGACAAGAAAAAUGCUAUUGUACAGGAAUUCGAGCUUUACAAGAAGAACCAUCAGAGUACGGAAGAUUACCUUGAAUUACAGCAAAAAUAUAGGGAUCUGCAGUCCCAAUUAAAAGAUCAAGCAGCCAAUUAUAAUCAGCUAAAGGAGGAAAACUUGGAGAUCAAGAAAAAGGCUAAAGAACUCGAUCGUGCUUAUGCGGCUCUAGAGAAAGUAAGUACAGAGUUGAAAGAGGUCAAGAAGGAGCAUGCCAAGGUGAUUGAAACCAUGAAAAUCAACAAUUCAAAGCUUUAUACGCAAAAAGAAAAGAUCGUGAGCGAAUUAAAGAGUUUGAAAAAAACGCGUUUAGAGAACGCGAACGCCAUUAUCAAUCUAGGCGUAGGCGCUGCUAUUGAUGACAGUAUGGACUAUAAUGAAUUAGAAAAGAAGUAUUUGGAAGUCAAGACUGCAAGAAAUAGAUUAAUUCGCGAGUCCAAUCGAAACAAGCAAAGGGCAGAUAAUGUUAUCAAUGAUAAUACCAAAUUACAAGAAAAGAUUAAACGCCUAGAGACAAUUAUUGCUGAAGCAAGUAGCAACUCUGUUAUAGAUAAAGCCAAACAAAAAGAAAUAACGAACCAUUGUGAUCAACUUGUUGCUCUUAUAAAAUCUUUAUAACUCUAAAUAAAUAAAAAGAUGGAUCUUCGGUCCAUAUUUAACCGGGCCUGAAAUCGACGAUCGUGGUGAAAAAACGAUGACAAGCCAACCCCGACUUACAUUGAAAUAAACACGAAUUAAAGGCGACU